AGUAACGGUGUUUGUCAGUCUCGAACAGAAGCACACGAAGAAGAAACGACGUCAGUUUUGUUGGUGCGUCGUGACGUACUCGGAAGUGUCAACCGCAGCUGCAGCUAGCAGCGGCUAACGGCUAACUGCAGCGACUUGAAGCUUCGCGCAGACAGACAGGCAGACAGACAGACAGUUUGUCUGUGGAUGGAAGUGUGCAGCUCAGCGAUGGGACCGGAGAGAGUCUUACCGAACUCUGAGGAUGAGCUUGGGGAGGAUGAGCGUCCGGCUGACGGAGUGCUGCUGCCGGUGUGGAGUGGAGGAGAGGCAGGGGAUGAGGAGGAGGAGGAGGAAGGGGGAGGAGAAAUGGUGCUGGAUGGAGAUGGGGAGGAGGAGGAGGAGGAGGUGAACAAUGGAGGAUAUUAUUACCAGCCUCUGAACCAGGAGCCUGACGGGGUUCAGAGCAGCGAGCAGCUCGGGGAGGAGGGGGAGGAGAGAGGGGAGGAGGAGGCGGCGGCCUCCCACACAGAGCAGCUGCAGCAGGUGCAGCAGAGGAUAGAGGUGAUGGGUCUCCAUCUCCCUGAAGCUCCUUCUGCAGACAGCGAGGACGAGGAGGACGCUGAUGGUGCAGCGGCCCAGAGAAGCCGAGCCUCCAUCCCUAUGGACGCAGACCACGUGGAGCUGGUGAAGAGGACGAUGGCUGCCAUCGCGCUGCCGUCUCUCGGGGUGCCGUCAUGGGCCAGAGAGAUCUCAGACGACCAGUGGACGGACAUGGUCCAGACCACGCUGCAGACGCGGCAGAGUGCCACCGCCCUGCGCCUCCCACGCAAGAACAACCUCAACGGACCAUGAACGCACCAUGACCAUCUGAACCCCCUUCUGCUUACCCUGAUUUAACAACAAGGCUUCAACAACUUCUGCUGACCCUGAACACACCACUACAGAUUUUAAAAAUCACCUGUCCCUGAACUCAUCACAGCAAUUUAACACUUCCUUUUGGCCCUUGAACACACCACCAAAGCCUCCACAACCUAUGCUGACCCUGAAUGCACCACCACAGCUUCAACAGCGUCUACAUCUUUGAACUAGAUCAUAAUUGUUCUGUGUUCUUUUGGCCCUUGAACGCACCACCACAGCCUCCAUAACCAAUGCUGACCCUGAACGCACCACCAUAGCUUCAACAGCGUCAUCAUAACUGAUCUGUGUUCUUUUGGCCCUUGAACGCAACACCAUAGCCUCCACAACCUAUGCUGACCAUGAACGCACCACCAUAGCUUCAACAGCAUCUACGUCUAUGAACCUCAUCAUAACUGAUCUGUGUUCUUUUGGCCCUUGAACGCACCACCACAGCUCCUAGCUUUCUUCUCCCAGACGCUCCUCGGAGCCGCUGACGGACGGACGAUGGAACCGGAUGAAGGUGACUUUUAAAAUGAAGUGAACACUCGAACGAGUCCGAGCUUUUUGUUGUGAUGAGCAGGUGAACCUGUCGUUUCUUUAGUUCCAUUAGAAGAUUAAAGUGUAAGAGUUCUGACCUCUGUGUAAUGAAUCCCUCAGUUGAGUCUGUCAGGUGCAAACAGGGACAUGACAUUUGUUUAAACUUGGAUCAACUUUAUUUAAAGUUUAAAGUCCUGACAGAAAGUUUGAUGAGUAAGAUCCAGAGGUAAAGAUCUUUAGUUCCAGUCACCACGUAUUCAUCUAAACACCAGAUUACAUCUGUAGCUACACAGGAAACAAGCUUUUACAGCUUUUACUUCCUCUUCACAGCUGUUUAGUUUAGUCUCAGACUCAGCUCUAUUUCUCCCAGAGAGAUGACAAAGUCUUCAGUCACUGUCAGCUGCAACAUGUCAGUGAUCUGAGGAUGUUAAACACAACUUCACGUUAAUGAAGAGUAACAGAGAAAGUUUAUACUGCUGUCCUCACCGAGCUGCAUCUCUGUCAUCUCCGUCCUUAAUAACACGAGUCUUUACAGCUGAGGACGGGUUUAAAGCUCCUCUGAGGAACUCUUGAUCUGUGUUGAUUUUAGCGCCCCCUGUGGGCAAAGAUCUUUUCUUUUUUGGGCUUUUUUUUGCCUUUAAUGAGAGGACAGCUGAAGAGAGACAGGAAGCAUGGGGAGGACAGAGCGGGGCAAAUAGUCGACCAGACGGGAGUCGAACCGGUGACCUCUGCGACUCUGUAGCCUCUAUACGUGGGGCGCUUAGACCGCUAGGCGACCAGCGCCCCCAAAGUUGUAUUUCCAAACAACAAAUGUGUCCUGCUGUCUAUAUAACAGUUCAACAUGUCACUCAUCUGGUCUGGUACCGCCUCCCCUCAAAGCGGCACCUGGAGUUAUAAACAUUUAGAAACGGUCAAUCAUGUUGCUGAUUGUUUGCUUCUAUAGCUCAAACAGAAACUUCAGUAUCAAUUUCAAUCUGUUCCACAACCAAUCAUAACUCCUCACAGGAGCUUUAAUGAUCACAUUUAAAGCUUUUGGACCCUGAGGAGACUUAAAGCUCCUGUGAGGAGUUUUUAGCUGUUUGAGAAACAGACUGAACUCAACACUGAUGUCAUUUAAUGACCUGGAGAAGCAAACCAUUAAAUAGAGAAGUGACUCUGUUUAUUAUUGAUGUCUAAAACUACAGGAGGGGGGUCGGAGCCAGACCACAUGGCAGCCUUCGUUUUUAGAAUCCCCAUGGCAAUGGUUUCUGAUGAGUGACGCGUUUGAGAGCUCAAAUAAAGCAGCGGGAGAUUAUUCAGAAAAGACUGCAAACGUUCCUCACUGGAGCUUUAAAUGAGCAACUUCAAUAUCCAACACAGUGUGGGAAAUUUGUAAUUCAGUGUUUUAUUUUCUGUCUGUGAACACAACGUGCAUUUCCACCAAGAGUUCCGGUGUCUUUUAGCCCCCAGAACUACUUUACCCCGAACUAAAAGGUUCCUGUGCCCCCAUUGUUGUCUGCGUUUCGACUGUGGGCUGAAGUCCCGGGUAGAUUGUGUAAAUCAGGCCAGUGACAUAUGGAGAAAAAAAAGUAAAUGCACUACACCACCAGACCAGUAGAGGGCAGUACAACAAAGAGGAAUGCCAUUCAUCACAGAUGACACCAUAGAAGCAGACGGACAGGCAGGUAUCAUCAUGAGCAACACAACAGUUAGCCUGUUAGCAUGAAGAGACUCAGCUGGUCUGUUUUAGAUGGUGCUAUAUUUCAUCACAGAUGGAUUCACUGAAUCAACACGUGAGAGGAGAUAAGCACGAGUAGCAAAGACGUUUCAACACGGCUUUAAAAUCCUUUUGAACUCAAAAAGCCGUGGCAGAGAUCGGCCGGUGUUUUGGUUUAAACAGCGACCCUGUUAACUGGAGACUCUCAGCCGGAUGCAUCCCUCAUAAACGUCUUUAGACGAUCAUUAAAUAUCUGAUGAGGAUAUUUUGAAAUCUUAAUAAAAACUAAACUAGUUUGCAUUCCCAGGAACUCCCUCUGUGUUUCAACAGCUGUGUAAACUCCACAAACACUGACACGUUCAGCUGAAGGUCUCCAGUUUACAGGGUCACUUUUAAAACCAUAACACCAGGAGAAAGGCAUUCACGGUGUGCUGAGAGAAGACUACUGUUACAAGCUGCUAAAUCAAGAGAAUCCCAGCUUCUUCUUUUGAAAAGUACACACACAUACAAAAAAGAUAGAACAAAUAAAAACUAAUGAAAGAAAGAGAAAUCAAGAGAAUCACAGAUGUGUGUGAUGUUAUUGUGGACGGAGGGCGGAAUAAAAACACUGAGGUUAAUCUACCAAUCAGACACGUUCAGCAUUGCAGGCCCCGCCCUCCGAAAGUCCCGGGACCUUUGAAAAGUACUACCCCCCUAGCAGGGGCUUUUUAGGGGGGAGAUUAUCUACCCCUGAACUAAAUUUAGACCCUGGGUCCACCGGUCGAAACACACGUAGUUUCGGUUCCUAAAGUUCAGAGUUGAUGUUCUAACUUCUUCAGCCUCUUCAGACUGUCGGUGCAGGACGUGAUGAGAAGUGAUAGUCUGACAGUAAACCGGAUCGUUGUUUUCAGAUGUUUAGAAGAGUUUGACUUUGUGUAAAUGUUUGUUCUCAGUCACAUGAUGAACCCGUAACAGAAGAGUAAUCCUUAAUGAAGCCCUGAUGUGUCUGUGGUCUGUAGUGAGGAAGAAGUCACAUUCCACCUUAAAGCCUUGGAUUGAAAUGUUCCUCUUGUUUUUAAUGAUUUCUGAAAUGUUUCAUUUGUACAUGAACGUGUGUGUGUGUGUGUGUGUGUAUGUAUAAAACACAAGAUGUCUGAUUGUCAAA